UCGGUGGGACGAACCGCAGUUUGGGCACCGCGAGCAUAUAUAUAUCUAUGACCGCGAGGGCUAUGACAGACAGCUGGGAGACGCAGAUCUGUUUGUUUUUACGCAACGGCACUGGGUCGGUGAGACGCGUGUUGCCCUGAGCUCUCUCUGCGUUCCACAGUGCACUGUGAGGGGUCGACGUGAAUGAGAGAUCGGUUCGGUUGGUGUUCAUGGAGUGGAAUCCAGCUAUGGUUUGCCUGAUCUGGGCUGGACUUUUCCUGGUCCUACCUCCAGCUGUUAUCACUACGACCUCCGGGCCUUUCCCUCGACCUCCAGGGCUGAUCGGCUGCGAGUUCAUGUAUUGGGGUAACGUCACCUGUCGCUGGGAGCCCGGAGACUCCACCACGACCAGCUACACCCUGCAGAUUCAGAGGACACCCAGAAUCGGCUCUCCGAAGAUGUUCACCUGCACCACGCGUGACACCAACUGCACCGUAGGACUCGGUAGCUCCACAGUGAGAAUUAUCUUCUGCAUCACCAUCACAGCACACAGUGGAGGUCGAAACAUUUCAUCCCUUCCUCGAUGUCAGCCCGGCAGGACAGAAGUGAUUUUGCCUCCAGCGAUUUUGAACAGCGUAAAGCCUGUCCAUGGCUCUUCUCAGUGUCUGAACAUAAGCUGGAGCCGCAACUUGCUCGUCUUUCCCGUGUCUAAGUCCGAAAUCAAAAACGGAAACCUGGAUUCUCAAAUCGAGUUCACUGUCCAGGGACAGCUUGACGUUCAGGUCAGAAAUGUGACCGUGACGGAUUACAGGAUCCUGGUUUGUCUCUUCAGACCCGACACCUCAUACAUCGUCCGGCUUCGCCAUCGUUACCAGGGCCCUGCCAGCCCGUGGAGCCCGUGGAGCAACGCACUUCAGGGAAGGACAGGAGAGGACGCUCCCUCUGCAGCACCAGUGUUCUGGAGACGAGUGAAACACACUAACAGAGAUGGAUGCAGGCUCAUCACUUUGCUUUGGAAGCCCUUGUCUCACUUUCUGGCCAACGGCAGAGUUCUCUCCUACAAUGUGACUUGUUGGACAGAAGAUGCUCAGGUUUUGAGCGAUCACGGGAGUUGCAAAGAUUUGCAGAGUUCAAGUACUUCCUGUAGCUUGUUACUACCUGCCAAACGUUGCUCCUGCACUCUGACGGCGUCCACCUCUGUAGGAACCUCACCACCAGCCCUAAUGCUGCUCCCUGGAGCUUAUGAGAUAGAGCCUCCAUCUCCGGGCCAAAUCGCUGCAAGGCCGCUGGAUGACGGCAGCAUAGAAGUUAAUUGGACGGCUCCCGUUAAGCAGCCAGUGAGCGGCUUUGUGGUGGAGUGGUUCGCCGUCACUGAGGAAAAAAGCAGCAUCCUGCACUGGGAGAAAGUCAACAGCUCCUGCACAACGCUGGUCAUCACAGACGGAGUGAAGCCGAUGGAGCGGUACGCUGUUUCUGUGAAAGCGCUAUAUGGUGAACAAGAUGUUGGGAAAAACAAGACGAUCCAGAUUUACACAAGACAAGGAACGCCAUCAGCUGGUCCUGGUGUGAAAGUGCUGUGGAUCGCCGGCAGCUCGGUGGAGCUCAGCUGGAGUGUUGUACCUGUGGAGCUGCUUCGCGGUUUCAUCCGCAACUACAGUCUCAACUACACAACCAGAAACCAACCGGCAAGGAGUGUUUUUGUGCCUGGUCAUGCUCACAGCUACACUCUGAAGAAUCUGUCACCUGGUGACUACAAGAUCUUCAUGCGGGCCAACACUGACGCCGGCACCGGAGAAGCUGGGGCUUCGAUUGACGUGCACAUAGGCUCUGAGGAAAUCUCCAUUUUGAUGUAUGUCGUCCUCCCACUCAUGCUGACUUCGCUGGUGCUGGUGAUGAUGGCCUGUCUGGCGCAGAGUAAGAUAGUGAAACAGAAGCUGUGUCAAGACGUCCCCGAUCCAUCAAAUAGCAGUUUGUCCCACUGGAAUCCUAAAACUAAUUUAGAGAGUAUGAAGCAUCCCGUGGUGCCGGAGAAGCCUGAAAUCAAAUACUCGCAGUUGAUUUUUCUUGGUGAGCUGCAGAACUCUGACCCGGAUCAGGACCCCGCUUACCAGAGGGUCCAGACGUACUCCACCCUGAAAUCUCCACUUCCAGUUGGAAUAUCAGAGAAGAUGCUCACCAGAAGCUCAACCAAAACCAAGACGACCUCCGUCAAAGAUCUCUCCACCUGUCCCUCCACCUACUCCAGCAUCCUCCUCCCUCAGCAUCCUCCUCCACCCUCCUACCGCAAUCAGCCUGACUGGCAGCAAGCCUCCGUCAGCCGUAAUAAUGGAGUGACAGAGCCUCCCAGUUUACAUUUAAUUCCAACAGAUGAACAGAGAUCUCUCAGUCUUUGUCCCAAACAGCAUCAAAACCCCUUUUCCUUCUUAAACUUUGACAAAGAGGUUGCUUCACCCAAACAUCCUUUUACUCAAAGCAGCUUUAGCUCAGCGCUUUCUCUCCAACCCAACACCUUAACUCACCCUGAUGACAGUUUUCCCGCGUCCUUUUCAAGUUUUCUUCCUUCUGUUUUUGUGGAUAUCUCCUAUUGCCCUCUGGAGUGUGACCCUUACAGCCCUUCUGAUUAGAUUUUUUGGCUUUUAAGUUUUAAAUAUGCACAGUGGAUGCUUAUUCAGAUGCAGAUUUAGUGUUUUAAUUCUUCUGUUUGAUGGCUUCUUCAAAUAUAAUCCGACUGUAAUUGUAAGUUUCUAAUUUGAGUGAGAUUUUCCUUGAAGCUUAUGUCUUAAAUCAGCCAAAGUGGACUUUUAAUUGUAAGAAAACAUACACAUAGAUUGAACUGCAAUUUGCUAUUAUUAGUUAAUGUUGACUAUUUUUCUGAGCUGUACAACGGAUGCUUUCCAUGUUGGACACUGGAAUCUUUCUACAAAUCUCCAACAAUGUGAGCUGGCAUCAGUAGGCAUUUAAGAACUACUUCGAUUUUUGGGGAAAUAAAUGCAUUUAUUUUCUUUCUGGCAGUAAUUAUCGAAAAUAUGAUGCACUUUCGAGUGUGUACAGAAAAAAAUUCACUAGAUGAAAUGUAAAAUAUAUAUUUUAGAGACACGGUUAUUUGUGAUUGAUUGCUAUAUUUCUGAAUGUGUUUGAGCCGUUAUAAAGUUUGGAAAAAUAUUAUUUUUGACAUUUCACAGACACACAUUUGAUAUAUAUAUAUGCACUGUAUGUUUGAGCCAAAACUUAAAUGCUGUGGAACGUACAUAACACAAUCUGCUACUUGCAUAAUUAACUUUGAGGAUUCCUGUUUUAUUUUUCUGCUUGAAGUGCACUGCCCUUUAUGAAUGUUGCUAUUAUACAUCUGAAACCAACUCAAGAUGCUACUAAAAGCUUUAAUUUUGGGUUGUUGUUUGUGUGUGAAUGUUCACCCGGCAGAAAAAAAUAUAUAAAUGGAGAACUUUUGAUGUAACCUACAA